AUGGCUUCUCCUCCGAAUUCCAAAAUUGACAAACUCCUUCCUGUAAAAUCAGAUAUUCUUCCAAAAAGAAACGACAAGCUCCGCCCUGUAAUGGCUGAUGACGAUAACAAGCCCCGGAAGAAAGCCAGAGCUCCUCGAAAUUUCAAAAAAGACGCUCUUCGAAUCCAAGCCAGAGACAUUCUUGGUUCUCCAAAUCAUGACGCAAUAGAAACACUCAUUGCUAAAUUAACAUCAUCUACUGAAACAGGUUUAUCAGAAGCCGAAAACUUGUACAAUUUCUUAAUUCGUGAAUACCCAAAUGCAUUGUCUUUGAAAAUUUCAAAGGUUUUACUUCACUCUCUGACUCGCCCUAAAAUCAAAUCCAAAUCUGCAUCUCUUCUUCAGAAUCUGCUCGAUUCGCCUAGUCAUUAUGAGAGUGUAUGGAAUUCCAUCUCCCCCAUGAUCAAAACCGAUCUUAAAAUCGCGUUUCUUGAAAUUCUUAGACAUGAAAAUUCCAGUAGAAUUUGUAAGCCAAUCUGGAAGACAGUAUCUGCGGUACUCAACUGUAUCAUUACCAAGAAACAAGGCGAGUGGCCGGGUAUGUUCAGUUGCUUUUACGAGCGUUUACAUUCGGGUCCAUCGUUCGUUCAAGAUUUUGCCCUUAUGUUCUUUUUGAAGUUGCCAAUGAGUCUACGUACACAAUUGGAACCUUAUGUUAACUAUCUCUAUUUAGACUUCUUGGAUAAGCUUAAUUCUUGUAAUGGAAUGAGAAAAGUUUUAGCCUUGGCUGCUUCAAUUCAUCUUGUUGGACAAAUGUCUAGUGAUUAUUAUUUUCUGUUAAAUGGUCUAUUGAUGCCAAUGGUAAAAGGGUUAUUGAGUUUUCUCAUUAAUGAUAAUGAGGAGGAGUAUGCGCAUGAAAUUCUAAGGAAAUUAGUCGAGUUAGUAUGGGUUGAGCCAAGAUUUUUCGAGUCAAAUUUGGAUGAAGUGUUUGAUACUAUGGUUACCAUUGCUGAGAAUAAUCAAUUCGGAGAAGAUACAAGAUAUCCUGCUGUAGAAAUGAUGAGUGUUUUUGAUGAUAACGUGAUAAAACGGGUACAUAAAAAGAUCCUAACAAAGCUGUUUUCUGUGUUGGUUGAGAUGAUUUCGCGUAUUGAGGAUGAACCAAUGGGUGAUGUAGACUAUGUGAAUGGUUUAUGUUUGGGAACUUCGCGGAAUUAUCUUCUUGGAGUAACUUUUAUGUAUAGGAUUUCAAUGGCAACAGGUGAUCAAAUCCGUAUGCCUGAUUUACUCAAGGAAUUACCAACUCUUAUAUCUGCACCAGAAUGGCAGAAACGAUAUGCAGCAGUUACAAUCAUUGGUGUCAUUGCAAAAGGAUGUGCAAAGGCGAUGAGGGAUCAUCUUUCUGAAGUGAUGAAUAUGGUCCUGAAAUCAAUACUAGAUUCUUCUCCCCAUGUUCGUCUUGCUGCUAUUGGAACAGUAAAAGCUUUGAGUUUAGAACUGUCUCCGGAUCUGCAAGAUAAACACGGUCACAUGCUUAUUACUUCGCUAUAUUUGGCACUUGCAGAUGACCACUAUCCCCACAGACAGUAUCAUUUUGACAUGGAAGCAACUACGACAGGGUUUUGUUCGUCUACUUUAAGUCGUAAUUCUGAUGAAAUUUUGCUACAAUCAUCCUCCUUAUUAUGA